CCCCCCACCCCCUGCUGGGCCCGGCCCAGAUAAAGGAAGCAGCGCCAGCAGGAAGCUCAGAGGCAUUUCUGCACCGAAACACUGAAUCCGUCUGAUUCAGGCUCAGGAUUUAACACAACAGAGAGACGAUAAACAAUCAGAGAUGGGGCUGCUGAACGUCGCUCUCCUCGUUGUCGUUCUCCUCGCGGCGACGAUGGAAGCUAAACCAAUCCGCCACAGACACGACGCCGACAUCCCCGACAAGAACCAGCCGCAGCGGUACCUGGCGGAGCUUUCCGAAGGGUCCGAGGAAUCCUCCGAGGAGUCCUCCGAGGAAGAGACUGAGGAAGAGGAGGAGGAGGAAGAAGACGAAGAAGACGAAGUUGUGGACGUGACGGACGCCGUCACCAUCCCGCCCUUGGUGGUCGUGACCACGGAUUCGCAGACGUUCACCUCGGGAGACGGCAGCACGCUGGCGCCGGAGCCGGAACCGGACACGGCCAACACGGCCGGCCCGGUGAUCAUGGUCCGGGAGACGACGCCGGGGCCGGAGGCGACCGCCGUGACCUCUGACGUCACCACCGCGGACGUGGUUCUGACGUCACUAAGAGCUACGGACAUGAGGGGAGAUAUCUGAAACUGCGUUAUGUUUAGGUCAGGGGAGUUCACAGUGUGGAGCGGGGGCCAUUUGUGGCCCCGGCAAUGAAUGAGUGUGGCCCCUGAUUUUAUUUCAAGAUUGAUACAAGUUUCUAUUGUAUUUUUAUUUAGGACAAAAUAAAAUAUUCUGACUAUGACAGAGUGUUGGGACCACAAUAAUAAUAAUAAUAAUAAUAAUAAUAAUAAUAAUAAUAAUAAUAAUAAUAAUAAUAAUAAUAAAGAAAAUAAAGACAUAUUAAGCCGUACAAGAUUAAAGUUGUAGUUUUAGGAGAAUAAAGUCAUAGUAUUUUAAAUUUAUUUUUAUUAUUUUGACUUUAUUUUUGAAAUAUUAUGACUUCAUUCUCGUAAUUUUAUAAUUUUGUUCUCAUAGUUAAAUUUUAAUGUUUUUUUCUUAGUAUGGCUGUAAAUCUCUGACUUAUCUUGCAACAUAUUGGCUAAGACACAAAUGUUUGUUUAAAGUUUUACAUGUUUACUUUAUUUUAGUAGGUAAAAUGUGAUUUCUCCCAAUAAAAUAAUGCAAGUUAUUGAAAAUGAAUAGCAUUUUAUGUCCCAACCUUUCCUGCCACUGAAUAUUUUCUUUAUGUGGAAUAAAAAUAAUUUUUUUACACACAUAUAAUGUUUACAUACGUAACUGAUCCUCUUUUUAAUGUACUGUCCUUUAGACUUGCGAUGUUUCUCCGUCAAGCAACAUUUUAAAAAUUGUUUUAUUAAUUACUUUUAUGUAAAGCAACAAACAAAUCUGUGUGUUUGCAUGUCAGUCUUUGUCAGAUUGCAAUUUUUAACCCUGUUGGAAGUGAAUAAAGGUUUCUGUUAAAGAUU